AAAAGACCUUAAAGAAAUGUCAUGUGUCAAAAAGAAACGUCAAAAAGUAAGGUUAUGUAAAUUGGUUUAUUUCGGUGAAAAUGUCGCUGUUAUCGAAGGGAAUAGGCCGGUUGCAUUCGAAAAAUAUAUUGAACGGUUUUCAGUUGGUGACAUGUCGCAAAUAUGCUUCGAAAGAGACCCCAAGUUUCGUAAAAAGCGCUUUAAAAGUUAGUGCUGUGGGGGUCACAAUGGGAGCGCUGGUAGGCACCGGCUACACAAUUCACCAGCAGAAUAAACCCAGAGGUCACAUACUUAACGAGCAAAAUGUUGUAGAAAUGAUUAAAGAUGUGCCCAAAAUUAAAGCAUCUCGAUCUAUACGAAUUCCAGGAGAUAAUAGCGGAUUAAAGUUAACCUUAUAUCAAUAUCAAACUUGCCCAUUUUGUUGUAAAGUAAGGGCGUUUUUAGAUUAUUAUGGUAUUUCUUAUGAUAUUGUCGAAGUUGAUCCUGUAUUAAGGCAAUCUAUUAAAUGGUCCACUUAUAAAAAAGUACCUAUUUUAGUUGCAGAGGAAAAUGAUGGAUAUCAGCCUUUAAAUGAUAGCACAAUGAUUAUAUCAGCUUUAGCGUCAUAUUUAAAAGAUAACAAAAAGGAAUUACCAGAAAUUGUUAAAUAUUUUCCCUCCAUAGAGUUUUACGAUGAUAAUGGUGUAAGAAAGAAUGAAAUAAUGAACAGAUACUUUUUAAUGUUGGACAAUCCCAGUAUACAGAAAUAUAGUGACAAAGAAUUGGGGGAAGAAAGAAAAUGGCGGAAAUGGGCGGACGACGUUUUAGUGCACACGCUAUCUCCGAACGUGUACAGAAACAAAGACGAAGCGCUGCAGGCGUUCAAUUGGUUCUCGGAGGUGGGAGAGUGGGAAGCGAAUUUCCCGUCGUGGGAAAGAAACCUCAUCGUUUACGUGGGAGCGGGCGCGAUGUGGCUCAUCGGCAAGCGAUUAAAACGCAGACACAAUCUCAAAGACGACGUCAGGCAAUCUCUGUACGACGAGUGCAACAAGUGGGUGAGGGCUGUUAACAAGAAGGGAACGGCGUUUAUGGGCGGUGAUGCCCCGAAUUUGGCCGAUUUGGCGGUUUUCGGCGUGCUGAACAGCAUUGAGGGUUGCAUAGCUUUCAGGGACUUGCAACAAAAUACCAAGAUUGAUAAGUGGUAUUCUUCGAUGAAGGAGGCUGUGGGGAAUCAUGAAGGCUCAAAGUUUAUUUAAUUAAAUGUUUAAAAAUGUGUUUUUAUUAAUUAUAAAAUACGAUUUUUUUACGAGUAUUAUGUAUUUAUUGUGUUGUAAAAUAAAUCUUUUAUUGUUGUCAAAAAUUAUAAACCUAACCUAAAAUGUUAUUUUUGCAGUAUUUGUUGAGUGUAUUGCAGGGAAAAUCCACGAUUUCCACCGUCGUUUACCUCGUUUCCAUC